AUUUUCAACUAGUCUACGUCUAGGGUUUCGCCACUUCCUCCAUAAACAAGAACAAAGAGAGAGAAGCGGAAAAGCGGAGAAGAAAGAUGGUGAAGUUCUUGAAACCAAACAAAGCGGUUAUCGUGCUGCAAGGCCGAUAUGCGGGUCGGAAAGCCGUCAUCAUACGCGCCUUCGACGAUGGCACCCGCGACCGCCCCUACGGCCACUGCCUCGUCGCCGGGAUCAAGAAGUACCCUUCCAAGGUUGUGAAGAGGGACUCCGCCAAGAAGACGGCGAAGAAGUCGCGCGUCAAGGCGUUCGUUAAGAUGGUUAACUACCAACACGUGAUGCCCACGCGCUACACGCUUGACGUGGAUUUGAAGGACGCCGUCACAGUCGAGUCUCUUCAGGCGAAGGACAAGAAGGUUGCGGCGCUUAAAGAGACCAAGAAGAGGCUCGAGGAGAGGUUCAAGACUGGCAAAAAUCGUUGGUUCUUCACCAAGCUCAGAUUCUAAGCAUUUCAAAAAACGGUGUCGUUUUCCAUUUUACUUAUCUCUGAAAAUUUCUUACUAUUAGUUUUGGGAAUUUUUGUGCUGUGAGCUUAUUCAGGAUCUGUUUGGAUUUUAAUAGUUUCAUUUUUUAUAUUAUGUUUUCCAAA